UUCAACAAACUUUGCUUGCUGUUAAAUUGCAUCCAAUAUAAUGUAAAAUCAUCCAGAUUAUGUGUGGUAUAGCAUGUAAUGGAGUGUCAAUUUAUUACAGCUCAGCGAACCACCGAUCAAAUUGUUUAUUUUGCAAGCAAUGUGAAAAAGUAAACCUUGCGAAAAGUGCUUAUUCAAGCCAAAUAAUUUUUAGUCUGAAUCAAAUUUUAUGUUCCUACGAAACAUUAACAAAACGGAAUCAUGCCGAAACAGAAGUGGAACACCGGUAAGCAGUACUGCGCAGAGCCCGAAACGGAUCCCUACGCCCAGAUCUACCGGAAGUCCGAUAUAUUCCUCGAUUACAUGAACGAAAGUUCGUGCAAAAUUCCGAGAAUCGAGGAAUUUUCUGCUGACUCCUCAACGGAGCUGUUGGAAACGAUCGAAUGCAUUGACUUGCCGGCGCAUCGAUUAACUGGAAAGGUACGGUGCCAAUAUUUAAAGUAUUUGGAAGGGCUGCUGGAAGGCAAUUAUUCCGCCUGGUCCGGAUCGGUAGAACCGUACGAGAAUGUCACGUUCUCCUCGGAUGAGAUUAAAAGAUGUGCCGAAAGAAUCGAGAUGAAGGCGGUUCAAUCGUGCAUGAUCGCAUCGCUGUAUCGGAAAUAUAUUCUCAAAACGAUUUCUCAGAUUCGUAAAGAAACUAACGAGUGCUUGAUACAUCCCAAUUUGGUCGACAGUAAAUUUGCACCAAAGAUCAUCAAAAAAGAGUGCAGCCACGUGUCCGUUCAAACCGAUGAGCUAGACCUUGAAACGUGCACUAAAGUGCGCUCGAUAACGAUGGAUGAUCUUCAGGUUGGGGUACUUCCCGAUGUUCCUGCCAUGUCUCUGGAUGAGAAAAUUCGAAACUUUGAAGCAAAGAUGCACAUUUCCAGUCGCAAGACUAAAUCGAGUCGUGAGAGUUCUGUGAAAAAAAGUAAAAAGGAGACUAAAUCUAGCACUGAAGUGAAGCAAAAGAUUGCCAAAACAUCGGAACAUGUCCAAGAGCCCGUGGAUACAAGUGAAGCGAUAACGAGGCCGUCAGAAAACGUAGUACUUACAGGGGAAAGCAUUUCCAAAGAAGAGGAUGACAAUAUAAUACGCGAACUGGAAGCAAUGUUUGACAACGGAGACGAUGGAAACAUUUUUGAUUCAUGCGAAAAUCAAGUUCAAAUCAAUGCAAUUAUAAGUGAAAUUGAAAGGUUUGAUCCGCAGCAAGUUGAAGGCCAAUCGAAACCCAUAAACUCACCCUCGCCUCAAUUGAUCGAAUUAAUUGAUGUGAAUCGGCAGCCCAAAGAACAAGCGUCCACCAAGGAAGCUGAUCUCAAGAAGAGUCUUUGGCCCUGUGAAUAUCACAUGCAAAAGAUGAAACUGCGUGAAUUGCUGAGCAAUAUUGCCGACACAAAUUACUUUAAGUACGAGCGCAUUCGCUUGCGAUUCAUAGAAUUGUUUGGCGAGUACGAAGAGGAAGAGGAUGAGCUGGGUCCGUACAGCCCGUCGAUCGAGCUGAACGAAGUGCUUAUAUCGAGCUGCCGCCAAAGGAUCGCCCAGUGGGUGGUGCAAUCAUUGAUGAAACCACUGAACGAAGGCUUGAUUGGAAACCGUUUUCUGUUUAAAAAGUUGGCGAAACACCUGGCGGAUGGAAUAAUUUAUGCCAAUCAGUAUCCGAAUCAAAGGUACAUCAAAAACUAUAUCGUAGAGUAUUUCUGCACACAUCCCGCAAUAUUAUCCGUUGAAGAUAUGUAUUAACGAUUACGUUAACGCCAUGAGUUCCUGAUUUAAAACUAUACAAACACAUGAAUACUGCUAGCUUGCUGAAUUGGUUUUAAACAAAACUGCUGGCCUUUGAAUGAUAAUUUUGAAUUAUGGAUACAUGAACUAAUUCUGUGAAUUGAUUAAUACUUUCAAAUAAAAAUAACUGUUGCUUACAGUUAAUAAUACAA